GCGCCACUGCGUCAGGCCCCCCCCGGUCUAGAACGUUGCUGUGGUAGCGUCUGGGCGCCAUGUUAGAAGGCCGGAGGGGAAGAGGAAAGUGAAGCGGCGGCGGCCGGGUCUAGUGAACGGCUUUCUCCUCCCUCUAAGGCCUGACCCCGGCCCGUACCAUGGUUGCGCUUCCCGCUUCCUGGCGGGACGAGUGACCGGUCCGGAGGCGGCAGUGGUGGGGGAGGACGAAGAAGAAGAGGAGGAGGAGGAGGGAGAAGGGGACGACGCGGUGGUGGUGGCGGCGGCGGCGGAGGAGGAGGAGGAGGAGGGGCCGGAGAGACGAUGCCGUUUCCCGUUACAACCCAGGGAUCACAAACACAGCAACUACAGAAGCAUUAUGGCAUUACCUCACCUAUCAGUUUAGCUGCCCCCAAGGAGUUUGACUGCAUGCUUACCCAGAAAUUAAUUGAAACCCUAAAACCUUAUGGUGUAUUUGAAGAGGAAGAAGAACUGCAACGCAGGAUUCUAAUUUUGGGAAAAUUAAAUAACCUGGUAAAGGAAUGGAUACGGGAAAUCAGUGAAAGCAAGAAUCUUCCACAGUCUGUAAUAGAAAAUGUUGGAGGAAAAAUUUUUACAUUUGGAUCCUAUAGAUUAGGGGUUCAUACAAAAGGUGCUGAUAUUGAUGCCCUGUGUGUUGCACCCAGACACGUUGAAAGAAGUGAUUUUUUCACAUCAUUUUAUGAAAAACUGAAACAACAAGAAGAAGUAAAAGAUCUGAGGAAUUUCUUAAUGAUUGCUCUAGUGAGUGAGUCUGAGACACUUGUGAACUUCAUCUUUUGCUUAGGAUCCAUCCUGCCAACCAGUAACAUUAAGGCUGUUGAAGAAGCUUUUGUCCCAGUUAUUAAACUUUGUUUUGAUGGAAUAGAGAUUGAUAUUUUGUUUGCAAGAUUAGCACUGCAAACUAUUCCUGAGGACUUAGACCUACGAGAUGAUAGCCUACUUAAAAAUUUAGACAUUAGAUGCAUACGAAGUCUUAAUGGUUGCCGGGUAACCGAUGAAAUUCUGCAUCUAGUACCAAACAUUGACAACUUCAGGUUAACACUGAGAGCUAUCAAGCUGUGGGCAAAACGCCACAACAUCUAUUCCAAUAUACUAGGUUUCCUUGGCGGUGUUUCCUGGGCUAUGCUAGUAGCAAGAACUUGCCAGCUUUAUCCAAAUGCAAUAGCAUCAACUCUUGUACAUAAAUUUUUCUUGGUAUUUUCUAAAUGGGAAUGGCCAAAUCCAGUGCUAUUGAAACAGCCAGAAGAAUGCAAUCUUAAUUUGCCUGUAUGGGACCCAAGGGUAAACCCCAGUGAUAGGUACCAUCUUAUGCCUAUAAUUACACCAGCAUACCCACAGCAGAACUCUACCUACAAUGUGUCCGUUUCCACACGGAUGGUCAUGGUUGAGGAAUUUAAACAAGGUCUUGCUAUCACAGAUGAAAUUUUGCUGAGUAAGGCAGAGUGGUCCAAACUUUUUGAAGCUCCAAACUUCUUUCAAAAGUACAAGCAUUAUAUUGUACUUCUAGCAAGCGCACCGACAGAAAAACAGCGACUAGAAUGGGUGGGCUUGGUGGAAUCAAAAAUCCGUAUUCUAGUUGGAAACCUGGAGAAGAAUGAAUUCAUUACACUGGCUCAUGUGAAUCCACAGUCAUUCCCAGCACCCAAGGAGAAUCCUGACAAGGAAGAAUACCGUACAAUGUGGGUGAUUGGGUUGGUGUUUAAGAAAACCGAAAAUUCUGAAAAUUUAAGUGUUGAUCUUACCUACGACAUUCAGUCUUUUACAGACACGGUUUAUAGGCAAGCAAUAAACAGCAAGAUGUUUGAGAUGGAUAUGAAGAUUGCUGCAAGGCAUGUGAAACGUAAGCAACUUCACCAACUGCUACCUAAUCACGUGCUUCAAAAAAAGAAAAAGCAUUCAACAGAAGGGAUCAGGUUGACAGCUCUGAAUGACAGCAGCCUAGACUUGUCUAUGGACAGUGAUAACAGCACGUCUGUGCCUUCGCCUACUAGUGCUAUGAAGACGAGUCCAUUGAACAGUUCCGGAAGUUCUCAGGGCAGAAGCAGUCCUGUGCCAGCUGUAACAGCAGCAUCUGUGACCAACAUACAGGCUUCUGAAGUCACUGUGCCACAAAUAAAUUCCAGUGAAAGCUCAGGGGGUACUUCAAAUGAAAGCAUUCCUCAAACUGCCACACAACCAGCCAUUUCUCCACCACCAAAGCCUACCAUCUCUAGAAUUGUUUCCUCAGCGUAUCUAUUGAAUCCAUCACCAAGAACUUCAGGAAAUGUUGCAACAAAAAUGCCUAGCCCUGUCACAGCAGUGAAAAGGACAUCUUCUCCCCAUAAAGAAGAGUCUCCCAAGAAAUUGAAAAUUGAAGAGCAGGAUGAAAUAAGUGAAGAUACUAGCUGUAUAGAUUUGAAUGAGCAUGAAAAAAUGGAAACUAAGGAGCAGCUUGAGACAGAAGUGAAUGUUAAUUCUCAAACAGAAACUCUUCAGACAACUUCUCUGCAAGCUCCUCAGCUAAACAUGUAUGGCUUGCCAUACAAACUGACCGAAGCUGGAUUCGCUCUUCUGAAUUGUGCCUUCAAAAAAACACCCAGUACAGACCUUUCAGAUAUCCCUGCUCUCCCUGCAAAUCCUAUUCCUGUUAUCAAGAAUUCAAUAAAAUUGAGAUUGAACCGGUAAAAAAAACCUCAGGGGUCCAUAAACAGUAUCUGCCAACUCAACCUGUUGUCUUCUAAUGCUAGAAAAAAAGGAGAACGGAGGGUGCAAGACUAGAACAUGAUUGCAAAUGGAUUUAGGUAUAUUUUGUGCACUUCCCUUUCUGGGCUCAAAUCACCACUCGAUUGGAAGUCCAGGUUAGUAUGUGAAGCCAGGAGUACAAUUAAUGUGUUAGCAACAGUUGCAUUAAAUAUUUCGAAGGAUUACUGCCUUUAAAAACAUGAACACUAUUUGUAGCCAUAUUUGACAUUCUGAUUGAAUUUGUUUGAUGCGUUGUUUCAAAAUUGAGAUAAAACUGGCAUAAGAAUCCCUUAAAUGCACUUUUAUGUACUUUUUUUAUUGGACUAUGACUAAUUUUAGAUCUUCAGCUGAUACACUUUCAUUUUAUUGAAGAAUCUCUUCAAUAGUAGUAAUCUGCAAAUUGGAUGAUGUUCUAUGGUAUACUACACAUUGAAAACAAAGUGUGUAGUAUAUCUAGUUCAACUGCCAUCAAGCAGCAGUAAGCCUUUAAAAUGAAAUGUCAAAUCUUGAGGUUAUAAGACUUAUGUUGAGGAAGUAAUUGGGAAGUUUUGGUAUUGGUGGGACAUGAUUAAGAUGUGGUCUACUUUUAUUUAUAGGAUUGUUUUAAGGUGCAUACAGAUCAUCAAUCAAACAGCAAAUAAACUUUCCUUUGAGCUAAUGAAACUCUUUAUUCCCUUUUUGAUCCCUUUAUUUCUUGGGAAAAGUUUUUGCGUUUAAUGUUGGGGGGCUUUUUUUUUUUUUGCAGCUUGUAUGCACCAUAUAGGACAAUACUUAUUUUUACAAAAUAAAAACAAGACAGACCAUUAUUUGAGUUCCCCCCUGCCCCUUACCUAAUCAUAAUAUCUUGUGGCCUGUAGGCACAAAUGCAAAAUUUUGUCCCAUGACUAAAGUGUUUAAGUGAAUAUUACGUGCCUGUGAAUAUAACACCUGUCUUGAUGGCCUUUGAAUCACUAAAUAUAAGAUGAUUUUUGUACACUCCAUAAAAGUCCUGUAUGCAUUACAAAGCUUCAAAUUUUAAAUAAAGGCAAAAAGAUUUUUCCCUAAGAAUUUUAACCUUUUUAUUUUUAGAUGGCUCAUCAGAAAUAGUUUUACAUACUGAACAACAUUGAAUUUUUAAAAUUCAUAUUUCUAGUAAGCACUUGACAUCUAGUAAGCUCUCUUUACUCCUAUUUUUUGUUCUUGUAGUCCUAUCAAAAAAGAUAAGUAACAACUUUUUUCUUUUUGAAAGAACUGAAUCUCUCAUGGCAAAGAACAGCAGUAUUUGAGGAACACGAGGGAUACCAACAGUAAUACCAGAUGUAGAUAACAAACUUCAUGUUACUAUUACUUAAGUCUGAAAUAUGUGGGAUGUCAAAUCAUACUUCCCAUACUUUGAUUAGCAUGUUUUAAGAACUCUCUUCUCCCAUUGUGCUCCAUCCUAUUACACGUGCAUCUUUCAUGUUAAAAUUAAAUUACUUACACUCUUCCCCUUAUCCUUCUAAAUUAAUUCUCCAAAGUCAGAGUGUAGCUUAUCUUUUACUUAGGCUGUGCAGUAACUGAAGGGUUUUUUCUUUUGCCAUUUGUCUAAGAUGUCUAGUAUACAAUACUUCUCUUUUCCUUGCCCUGUGCAGCCUGCUGUCAUCCACCCCCCAAAGAAGGUUAUAUUAACAGUUGAAGUGUACAAGGUGUCUGUGUAUUUUGUGUAGCUAUGGAGUUUAGAUCGAAAUUGCCAGGCACAAAUUUAGUCUUGUCAUUUUGUUUACACAUCGGAAAAUCUUUUUCAUUUUAUUAAACGUUUCAUGUAACUGCACCCAAGUUUUGCCAAGCUGGAAACUUGGAACCUUUCUGUAUAGUGACUUUUUAAUUCUAGUUUUCAUAACCUGGAGAUCAGACUGUUGCUUUCGCAUGAUGUACGUAGUGUCUCAUGACUGGAGUUUGCUUUGUUUUAUAGUAUCUGUACUCCUUGUAUUUUUCAAGAGCUAUUUUGUAAACAGAUGAUGUAUUUCUCCAUUGAAAACACAAUAAAAAACAGCACAAUCCCA